AUGAGGGUGAAAGUGUUGCUCGUCCUUACGGUCCUUGCUGCAGGAUCCGUUAAUGCGGCCAGGAGGAGAGUUAGGUCCACGACGGCGGUGACCACGAUGACGACGACGACACCAACGUCGUUCAUCGGCAGGCAGCUCGGUUUCGUCGGACAGCCCGAAGAAGGUGAGACUCUCUGGGACAACUACGACAUUCAGAAAUUGGACAGCCGUGCCGAAACAUGGAAGAAUUCGAGCAACGCGUCGGAGAAGCACGACGAGGCCGUUUUUAAUACCGGCAGACAAUACCCUGGCUUUCCGGGGAAUCCGGGGGAGACGAAUGAACUACCUAGUCCCAUCUCGCCGCAACCUGUGCCGCCUCCGCAGCAUCCCGCACCAGGUUGUUUAGGCCUGCGGGGCCAGUACCCGAGCCCGAAGAGCUGCGCCAACUACCUCAACUGUUGGGACGACGUUGUAAUAGAGCAGACCUGUCCGAACGGGCUGCUCUUCAACGACGUUACCAACGUCUGCGACUUCGACUACAACGUCAACUGCGGCAACCGGCCUCCCGCCACGCCGAAACCGCCGUUGCCGCCGGGGUCGAAGCUGUGCCCGGACCCGAACGGCCGCUACAGGAGCUCGACGAACUGUUCAGAAUUCUACGUGUGUCUCGCAGGCAGACCCAUCAAGUUCAGCUGUCCUCGCGGUCUGGUCUAUAAUGACGUGCUGAACGUAUGCGACUACCCAUACAACGUGGACUGCAAAGGCACUGCCACGCCGAAACCGCAGUCGCCGACUCAAACACCUCCGCAAACACCUUCACACCCGUCUCCUACGUAUCCAUCUCCUAAGCCACCUACUUAUCCUUCUCCUCAACCGCCCAUCUAUCCUUCACAACCACCGACCUAUCCUCCGCAAUCACCGACCUAUCCUCCGCAACCACCGACCUAUCAACCGCAGCCGUACCCACCACCGCCGCCGUCCUAUCCAGGAAAUCCCUGGCUGAGUAAGGUUGAGCCGGAUCCCUGGAAUCAACGGCCGCCCGCAUCUCAGAUAGAGAUCGACAAGGAACGGCUCCAACAAGAAGAAUUGAAUUUCUCUAACGGUCAACCGCUCGGCAAUCAGCCGCUGGACGUGACGGAAACGUCGAGUCUGGCGAACCCCUGGAAUCUCCUCCAAGUGGUACCACCCGAGAUGAUGAAUGCUCCGUGUAAAGAUGGGGACGUGCACAGACUCAACGAGGCUUGCACCAAUAUGGUGGUUUGUAGAAAUGAGAGACCUCAGAUAGUGAGAUGUUUGUCGGGCUUCUCGUAUGACAAACCCUCGGAUUCCUGCAGACCCUUCAGCGUUGCCAAAUGUUAA